CAGAAAACAUUGAAAUUUCAACACCUCUCAAACGUAACUGUAUGCUCUCAGAUUGCGAAAAAGAAAGAUGAAAUACAUAUUAGGGAUCGCCAUUUUCUGUGCUGUUCUUAGUUUUUCUGCUGCUGACAGGAAACGGUGCUUUUGCAAGGCUGUAGCAGCCGACAAUCACGAUAACGUCAUUCAUGAUUUUGGCACCAUUGCUACACAUCGUAACUGGUUAUCUGUCUCAUGCAGACGACUUCACGGCUGUUCUAGUAAAUGUGACCAGAAAGUGAAAGAAUGGGUGUGUAACCACCAAGCGGAUUGCAGAGCAAAGGCUAAAGGCAAGCAUGUUCUUCCUUACUAUAAAGCCAGUGUAUGUGGACAUGGACCAGGGAAUAAUUCCCGACCAUGCGGAUGUAACUAGGGCGGAUUUAACAAAACAAGGAGGUGUCAGCUGCAAUGUAUUAGCAAACUGUUCAGUCAUGGACAAAGUCAUGGACAUCUUACAUUUUUAGAAUGUUUAAAUAAAUGCAUUGCAUAAUAAAUCGAUGUUGUAAUGAA